AUGACAUGGAUUUCGGACCAGCAAACCGCCGAGAAAAAGAAGAAGAGAUGGAGCAAGAAGCAGCUUCGCGCUAGCCAAGGGCUCCUGACCCAGCAGGCUAAGACGAACAUCUAUGCCUCCCAGAAGGGUAUGACCGGAUAUGGCGCCGUACGCCACGGGGCGGACAUCCGGGCGGACGAUCAGAUCAAGGAAGGAGAGGUCAUUUUGACUCAGCAGGCGGCAACUCACAUCUACGCCUCUCAGAAGGGCAUGAGGGGAUAUGGCUCAGUGCGACACGGGCCCGACAUUAGAGCCGACGACGCCAACGCUGAAGGGCAGGGUAUCCUCACCCAGCAGGCUGCAACUCACAUUUACGCCUCUCAGAAGGGUAUGACGGCACCGGGAGCCGUCCGCCACGGCGCCGACAUUCGCGCCGACGACAUCCGCCCGGAGAGCCACGCCAAACUGACGCAGAUCGCCGAGACUAAUAUUUACGACUCCCAGAAAGGCAUGACCAGCUACGGAGCCGUCCGACACGGUGCUGACAUCCGCGCUGACGACGAGAACAAGGACGGCCAAGUGUUCUUGACGCAGCAGGCGCAAACGAACAUCUACGACUCCCAGAAGGGCAUGACAUGCUUCGGCGCUGUCAGACACGGCAAGGAUAUCGCCGUUAAGGAGCUGUACGAAGAGGGUGACGACGAUGAAUAUCUUACCGACCCCGACGAGCCGGCGCCGGCCCCUAAGUCGAAGCGCGAUGCGGCUCAGGCGAAGACGGGGGAGGAGUAG